UUUGUUGCAAGAAGAUCACGCAGACUGGAUUUGAUACGUCGUUUUAUUUUCAUGCUAUCGAGAGCUGUAUACAUAUCUGGAGCAGCUAUGCCAGUAACCAGCAGAAUGUGCAAGUAUUCGUUGUAUUUCCACCCUGAUAGGUUGCACUGUUAGCAUUGUGAUAGCAAUGUGGGUAAUGCUAGGACAGAAAUAGCUCAAGGAAACAGCUGUUUGCUCUGGUGUUUGGAGCAGCUUUGUGCACACUAGUUUUCCGGAUUGCAGUUUCUCUGGAAUGCAUCUGUCCAAGAAAUGCUCGGUUUUCAAAGUGGUGCUGAGUGCUCUGCUGAUAGUGGCGCUCCUGCAGCUCAUUUACCUGUCCUUCUUAUCCAAGUUUCACGGUAAGCAGCAGCGGUACCGGUACUCUGAGCUCUUUGGAGGCUCCGGAGGCAAGAAGAAUGGACACCCCGAAAAAAACUCACGGAAGGAGCGUCUGAGGUUCUCCCUGUCUACUGGAGGGAUCUUCGACAACAGUGGUCAGUACCGGGUGUACAAGAACUUGAUAAAAAGUGAUUUCACCACAAAUCAUAAACCUGGAUCCAACCCCAGCUCCCAUGUCCUGGCUUUAGCCACACACACAACCAUCAACAACCUGCAUCACCUGGAGUCUCUAGUGGAAAGGUGGCACAACCCUCUCUCUGUGGCCAUAUUCGCACACGGGCAAGAUGUCAAGUUUGCCACAGCUCUGGUCUAUGCUCUCAGCUUCUUCUGCCCCCAGAUUCAAUCUCUGGUGGACUUCCACUUGGUGUGCCUCUCGGGAGAGAUGGCCAGUUUCCCUGAGCAGGACCGUGAGCAUUUUGCAGGGCUUGAGGACUGUGCAUCUGUGUUUUCCAGACUGGAGACGCACAGGGAUAAAUACAAGAACUAUGCCAUCAGUGGAAACGUCUCCUACCCAAACAACCUCCUGCGUAACGUAGCCCGUGGUGGCACAGAGUCCUCCUACAUCCUGGUCAUUGACAUCGACAUGAUGCCGAGCGCUGACCUCCACCAGCAGUUUGAGGCCAUGAUCAUGGGGCGUGACACAGCGAGUGACGAGGUGUUUGUGUUGCCUGCCUUUGAGAUCCGCCACGCCCGGAAGAUGCCCGGCAACAAGGCAGAGUUGGUUCAGCUCUACCAGGUCGGUGAGGUCCGGCCGUUUUAUGAAGAGCUGUGCUCUCGCUGUCAUGCCCCCACCAACUACUCACAGUGGGUCAACAGCCACGUUAGAGGGUCCAACCCCCUGGAAGUUGGCUACACGCUCACCUGGGUGGACCCCUGGGAGCCUUUCUACAUCGGGCCCCGCACCGUGCCCCUCUAUGACGAGAACUUCAAGCAAUAUGGCUUCAAUCGAAUCAGCCAGGCCUGCGAGCUCCACGUCGCUGGAUACAAAUUCUCGGUGCUGAGCUCAGCCUUCUUGGUGCACCGGGGAUUCAAGAUCCAGGGGGAGUUUCACGCCAAGAAGGACGAGGAGAACAAACGCAACCGAGUUCUGUUUCGCAGCUUCAAAGAGGGCCUGAAAACAAAAUACCCCUCCUCCAGCCGACGCUGCUGAUCCUGCUUCUCUAAUGAAAUCAGUCUCGAAUGAAAUAAUGGACGUACGUUGUUCCUUUUCAAGUCAGGCUCUCUCUCCCCUAAACGAUCCAGUGUUUCUUUCAAUUCUUGUGAAGACGGCAACUCUUGGGUUUAUAUCAACACAUUUCUGCUAGUUGGGACUGAAAGUAAGAAGUGAUCAAAUAAGACCGAAAAACUGGCAACAACUUUUUUGAAUCAAAGUCCAAAAUGUAAACGAAUAAGCGGUGCACUUUCUAUUUCAGAACAUUUUUGAGCUUGUCCAGAUACAAAGAAAAUCUCUACGUAUACUUAGUGAUAUCCUAUGAAACAAUAGGGUUAUGUAUUUCAGGUUAUGUACUGUAACAUAAAGCUAAAAUGGCAAAGGGUUAAGAACAUAAUCUUUUUAAAGAUAUUUUCGGCUACUGAAUAUCAAUAAUUGAUUGACACAGAAUGGCAUUGCAGUCUGAUAAUGAGGUUAACUACAAACCCAGUUUCUUACACUAAUGCAUCACUUUAUAUUCAGUUUAAACAGUUUGUUUCUUUCAAAUGUUGUGGUCAGACCACCAGAGGGCAACAGUCACUACAGUAUUAGGUGCAGUCUUGCAGUGUGUACUGUAUAGUAUGAGUGAGCAGCACGGAUUACGCAACACAUUUGCUCCGUGUCUCAACUAUCUUGCCACAAACUGUCUGAAGUCACGAGGACAACAAAGCACUGGGAAACUUUACACAGAACAUUGUAUGAUUUCGCCAACACUGUGGAAAACUACUGUACUAUGAACAAAGAAGAUCUGACGCUGGUAGUCGCUUAGAGUAUCUAGAGUUUGGGGUUUUCUCCUGAAGUAUAUGAGGUGGAAAUGUAGCAUGGAUAAAAAUACUGCACAAUCAAAAUGUAAACCUCAAACAAAAGCAGUCUGUGUUCAUCUCAUCACCACUAAAGGACGUUAAGUUAUUGAUCUUAAUCUGUCGUAUUAUUGACUACCACUAUUUUCAUAUACAAAAUAUCUGGAAGGUAUGCGUAUUCAUUGCUGUUUGGUUACUCUAAGUGUUACGUUGUUAUUGUUGAUUUAAAUAGGUUUUUCCUCCAGUGUUUAUGAUAUAUUUAUUGUCAAAUGUUUUCCUUCAACCGGACUUUAAACGACCCCAGCAGGAAAACUGUAGCACAAAUUUGUGUUUGGUGCGAGAAGAUGUUGUGCAUGCAACAAUUUUUACGUUUAUUAAUUUGAAGAUUAUUUGUGAUGUCACGUGCAAACUGUUUUUUUUUCGUGAUAAAACAAAUAUAAUGCCUGA